GAUUUUUAUUGUCAUUUGGAAGGGCUUUAAAAGUAUGAAUUUUUGAACCGGUUUCUAUUUCCUUUCUCUAACAAAUAGUUUCUGUCUAGAAUUAUUUUGCUUACUUCAUGAACCUUCCAUAGUUACGUUACAUAACGGAUGGUUUGUGUUCUUCCUAUGCGUUGAGUUUGUUUAACUUCUCGCUAGCCUUUUGUUUUAUGUUGUUCUUUUCGGAGAGGCAUGUAGAAACCGUCCCUUUGAUUUGAUUGCAAUUGACAAUUACCAGAUACUAUCGCACAACAAACUCUGAUGUUUUUUUAUUAACAUUUACACACUGUUUUUUAGUCUUCUUCUUUUCUGUUGUUUACUUAAAGAUUUCGCGAAUUAAAUCGUUAAAUUAAAAACAUGGCGACACAAAACCCGUUAGCCGUUCUUGGUUACGAUAAAGAUGAAGAAGAAGCAGCUUUGAAUUCGAUCCGAAACCAGUCUCAAGGUCAUAAUCGGAAAAUACACGAUUUACAAGUUCAGUUUGAUGAAGCUCGCGUGCGAAUCGAUAAACUGUUAUCGAGAAAAUCGAGAAGUAGAAGCGAUUAUAGUAGCAGCGCUCCGUUGUCUCCCAGAACAACGAGAGUGUCGGCAUCAGCGGAGCCAAGUUCUGUGGAAACUAGUUCAACGUCACAUAAGGUCGAAUUAACUAUGAACCCGAAAGUAAAACAGCCAACUUUUCAAGCUGUGACUCUCACUGUGAAAGUAGACGAAGAUGAAGAAGCGGAUGAAUGAAUGCAUGAACGAAUGAAUAAAUUAGAACCAUAUUCGCUUGCUUUUAAACUUUUUAAACAAAAAUAAUAAUUAGUGCAUCAA